AUGGGUUGGAACUUCAUGUUGGUCGAGCGGCUUACUGUUGGUCAAGCGCGGAUUGUUGACGGUCUCGAGCGGCUUGCUGUUGGUCUCGAAUAUCAUUAUGGAGAAGGCGCUGCUCCCUACGUUAACGUCACUGUUGAGAACACCGCAUUUAAGCAGUACAAGCUCGUGAAUGUCUUCCUGGAUGUCAUUGAGAUCCAAAUUAUAGAGCCAACUGAAAUCCUAGGGAAAGCUGUGUUUCACAACUUCUUUCCUCAAGACGAUGGCACCUACAAAGCUAUUGCAAUAUCCGAUCUGGACCUGGCUUCUUGCGUCACCGACUCUUCAUAUGGCUUACCUGUCCUCGUCAAAACAAUGUUCUCAGCUUACUACCUGCUGAACGAAUGCGGCAAGACCAUUCAAACUACGGCUGACUUCUCUAAGUCACAAUACGUUAUGGUGUACUCACACCCCGGAUUCGGGUGCAAGGCAUUCCCCGACGGUCCGGCCUACAACUGCACCGUUGCUUUCACAUCAACCUCUUCUACAUUUGGGUAUAUAUUUUAUGGAAAAUAUUUCGAUACUGCCGCUGCCUGCGACGGCUACUCGCUGCGCGUUACUGACGGUACCACGCUCGACGAAGAUAUCUGCACUGAUAUUAAGAUCGGAAGUGGCAAUGCAACAAUCACUCUGCGCGGCCAGGCGCUGGCCAAGACCUUCAAGGUGGGGUUCUCCUUCGCAUUCUGGAACUAAUUGUGCCCCGUUUGCCCCCAUCGCCACCCCACGCGUCCCUCCAUCUCAGCAACAUCACAUACAUGAUCACCGCAGCCUUCACCUCGAGCGGGGGAUUACAAUUCCACACAAACUAAAAUUCAUUGUCUUGUGAAGUCAUAUUUUUGAAGUUAAUUGUUGUGACUGCGCCUCAGAGAGGGAUGUGAC